AUGUAUACAGUUGGCUGGCAAACUCCACAGCCUUCUUCAUCUCAAGUCCACCAAACUCCACAGCCGUCAUCAUCGCAGCCCCACCCUCCACAUCCACAAUUACGUUUACGGCAACAUGCUCCACAGUAUCAAGUGAAUGUUUCUUCUUAUCGUCGUCAAGAUGAAGAUCUCGCGUUCGUAGGAGUCGAUUAUGGAUUCCACACUCUAGCAACCUCAGUACCAAUGACCGAGGAGACCGUGCGUUACCACCUCAAGUCGUUGAACAACGCCAUGUCGUGUACGAAGGACGAGAGCGAAUGA